AUGCCUCCCAGUUCGGCCACAUACGACGAGGUGCCGCCGAAGCAGCAGCAACGGCAACAACGAUGGCUGUCUGUUUGCGCGAUAGUCGUUUCGGUGGUUUAUUGCGCGAGCAACAGGGCUCGAGCAGCUCCCACGCAACAAGCUCCUGGCGUUCCCGAGCCUACUCAAGGCCCCACCUGUGUGCCGAAGUCUCCUGCGGGAACUGAUGCAGCAGUGUGGAGUCAACGUGUUUUUCCCGCGCAAUUCACUCCUUGUCGUCAGCGUCGCCUCCUCGUGAGUGGUGUCACCCAGCCCGCGUGGUCGUGGUCGCGCUGGGUGUGGAUCUCAAAACCGACCACGACUUGGACUACGCGCAGGCGGUUGAAUUGA